AUGGGUGGCAUCAUCUCGCGGCUGCGUCAGAGCAACGACUCUGACUAUGAAAAGAUCCUGUCGGACCUCGACAGCAAUAUCAGGAAGGCAGAGAUGCGACUCUCGAUCGUUAACCUUCGGGAGAAGCGCAUGAUGGGUCUCUGGCUCAUCUACUCUGUGCUCAGCUGGAUUGGAUACACUGCAGUCUUUGGCCUCUAUCUCCAUCAGCAGUACUACGAUGAUCCCCAGAAAUGGGCACUUGCCUUUGCUGUCGUCGCUCUCGGAAUCCCCGUCAUUUACUCUGGACGCUCGGCAAUUUCUGUCUGGUACAAGCGCUCAAAGACCACCGAAGAGUCGCAACUGAGCCUUUUGCGCGCUGACCAAAGGCUCAAGGUCGAGGAGCUCAAGAAGAAGACUGCCUACUACUCAACAAAGACCCUUCUGGAACGAUACGACCCGUCAUCUCAGCAACAGCGGUCCAACGGCGCUAGACCUUCAGGACCUGACGGCCGAUCCAACCCAGCACAGCAAAACGGACAGCCCAGACCUCAACAGCCCAACAUGUUGGAUCCCGGACUGAGACAGCGCCAGGGACAGGGUGUCAUGAAUGGACCAAUGAACCCAGCUCUCCAGGGUCGCCCUGUGGGUGUAUCAUCAGGAAUGCAACCUCAACCUCCUCACAUGGGUCAAGGACCUCAAGGUCACACUAACGGACCCCGUGCCCCACAACAGACGCCCUUCGGACCUGGACACCCCAACAAUGCCAUGUCGCCACCAUACGGAUAUCCUAGCAAUGAAAGGCACUGGUACGACAAGAUUGUGGAUGUGAUUGUUGGCGAGGAGGGACCCGAUACCAAGUAUGCACUCAUCUGUGGACAGUGCUUUGCUCACAACGGACUUGCCCUUCCCCAGGAGAUUGAAGACAUCCAAUAUGUGUGUCCAAAGUGCAACUUUUUCAACCCUUCGCGCAGAAGAACACGCCUGGCUGCUGCAGGAAUUGGCUCAUCACCCAAGCCAGACUCCACCUUUCUUCGUGCCGUGGAGAAGCCAUUGCCCUUUUCCAGAGAGCCUUCGCCCGCACCUUCAAUGGACCGAUCACCUCGCUCUGACGACCAGCAUCAACAUCAUCAGCAUCAUCAUCACCACAACGGACCUGGGCUCUCAGAAGGUACUAGCCCCGAACCUGUUUCAGACCAUGUCCCUACUGGAGAGCGCUCUUCGGAGUCGGAUGAUAUCGAGUUUGUCAACAACUGGCAUGACAGCGAUGCUGAGGGGGUUCACCAUGAUGAGGAGAGUGAGGACGAGGAUAGGGAUAGUGCACAGGGAUACGUUGUCGGUUCUGAGGACGUUGUAGAGUCCAAGCCCGCCAAGUCUGCAAGCAAGACGAAAACAGGAGGAAAGAAGAAAUCUAAUCAUGCAUGA